GUCUUUCACAAAAAACAAAAAAAAACUCGUACACUCGAGGUUCCAGCGUCUACACCAACAAGGAUGUGAAAUAUUUUAGAAGACUAUGAAAGCGUGCGAAAGCAUAAGAAAUCUUAUAUUAAUUGGAUGUAAAUAUUUUCUUAGAGAAUUUUAGAGAGUUCCAGAGAUUCAAUCUUAGUCGUAGGAUUAGAUUAAUCUUAGUCAUCUAUUGUUGAGGCGAGACCCGUGUAAGAAGCACAUUUUCACUCAUGUAUAUCCAUCGACAAAAAUCGAGACCUAUAGCAUUUAUGGUGAGAGUUCAACCAUACUUGCGAGUUGAGCGAAAUUUAGUGAAUAAUGAGUAUGUAUUAUAUACAUGGUAAUACACCCAAGCAUAGAAGUAAUUUUUAAAUUUUAAUUGCUAACAUAUACUAUGGUCUAACAUAGAUCCACAACUAACUCAUCAAUUAAAUUUUAAUUCAUGUCAAAUAAACUUACAAAUUUUUUGUACAAUUUCAUCAUUUUCACACCCACACAUUUUAAUAAAAGAUUCCUGCCAUUUUCACAUGAAUUACCUAUCUCCAACAUGGAUAUUAUGUUAUUUGAAAAAACAAGAAUAGUUUGCCGAUUUCCCAUUUUACAAAAUGAUUCAUCUAAAACGAAUCGAUUCGAAUUAUCAGCUCACACCCCAGACAAUUUUAAUUACCUUAGAAUCAGUCAAUUUGAAAUUCCUCAGACAGAAUUGCCUCGUCUAAAUUGUGUGCCGCCAAACGAAUCAAUCUGUCCAGAUUAUUGCAAAACGAAAGAAUUGGAUCAAUUUGAUCCGUUAAUAUUUCUCAUCCAAACGAACCUAAUACACAAAAUCAUAUCAUAUUUUCCACACAAAAACAAAAUCAUAUCAUACUUUAGUUCUUGACCUCUAAUAGCCAUAGGGAGGCAAAGGAGAUGUGUGGGUUUUGAUCAUAAAAGAAAGAUAUGUGGACUGAAACACAACCAAUAGGGAAACACGAAUUCUGGGAUAUGGCCCAUCAUAUCCAGAACCUCAGAUGGUGUGGCAAUCGCUCACCGCUGCCAAACAACACUUCAUUAAAAUCAAAGAUAAUUAGAUGGAAACCCCCUCUCAGUCUCAGUCCGACUUCGAAGCCUAAACCAGGAACAAAAAAUGGAAGCUUGCCCACUGCAUUCUUCCACCACUUCCUUAAACAAGAUCACUGCCGCCAAAACUUCCCUCCACCUCGCUCACCCCAUCAUCACUCUUCCAAAUUUCAACAAGUACCCUCAUCCCAGUAAGCUCAGAAUCCUCCACACCAAAGCUCAAGCUUCAGGUACCACGCGGAUCAGCGCUGUGGGAGCUGAAGCAAGCAGUGAGGGAGAUGGGAAAGAUGAGAAUGUUGCUUUUGUAGCAGGUGCUACCGGUAAAGUUGGCUCUCGGACAGUAAGGGAACUAAUCAAAUUGGGGUUCCAAGUUAGAGCUGGUGUUAGGAGUGCUCAGAGAGCUCAAAAUCUCGUCCAGAGUGUGAAGCAAAUGAGACUUGAUUCUGAGGGCUCUCAAGCCAUAGAAAGACUUGAACUGGUAGAAUGUGAUUUGGAGAAGCCAGCUCAGAUUUUACCGGCAUUAGGCAAUGCCUCUGUGGUUCUGUGCUGCAUUGGUGCGAGCGAGAAGGAGGUCCUUGAUAUUACUGGGCCCUACCGGAUUGAUUUCCAAGCUACUAAGAACCUCAUUGAUGCAGCAACCGCAGCAAAAGUUGAUCACUUUAUCAUGGUUUCAUCAUUGGGAACGAACAAAAUAGGAUUCCCAGCUGCAAUCCUGAAUUUGUUCUGGGGGGUCCUGGUCUGGAAGAGGAAGGCAGAAGAAGCACUAAUAGCUAGUGGCCUUCCAUACACUAUAGUGAGACCGGGUGGCAUGGAGCGGCCAACUGAUGCUUACAAGGAGACUCAUAACGUUACGCUUUCGACUGAAGACACGUUAUUUGGGGGUCAGGUCUCAAAUCUUCAGGUGGCAGAACUGAUAGCAUUUAUGGCCAGAAACCAGGGGACUUCUUAUUGUAAAGUGGUGGAAGUAAUUGCAGAAACAACUGCACCACUGACUCCUUUCGAUAAGCUUCUCGAAAAGAUACCAUCUCAACGAGUUAAACCAAAGAAACCAGAUGUAGCUGUUAUAUCUAAGCCUUCACCUUCAGCGCCAGACAAGGUGGCGACUGAGGUGUCUACUUCUCCUCCAGAAGUGAAAGUUCCAGAACCAGUGGCUGCACAGACAAGGCCACUCUCACCUUACUCCGCCUAUGAGGAUUUGAAGCCGCCUACAACUCCUACUCCAAGUCCUCCUAGUAUCCAGCAGAAGGCUCUAUCUGCAACCAUUGCUGGUCCAGAAUCUCCCUCACCAGUAGAAGUAAAAAAACCAAGCAUCCUUUCUCCAUAUGCUGCGUAUGAGGACUUGAAACCACCAACCUCCCCUAGCCCAACACCACCAAGCUUCCCGCCCAAACCAUCUGAAGCUGCAUUGCCAGUCGAACCAUUGACAACACCAGAGGGCAAUGAUGUAGCAGCAGUGAUUGCUUCUAGUAUCAACUCUUAUCGUUCACCAUACUAUGUAUAUGAUGACUUUAAGCCACCAGCAUCACCAUCCCCAACCCCACCGUCUUCUACAAAUGGAGGAGCAGCAAUUGGCAAUGGCCCUGUAAUAUCUCCAACAUCUGUAGCUAAGGUUGAAGAGGAGCAGAAGGAGGAACUUGAUAAGGAAGUAGUAACUGCAAGACCGCUUUCUCCUUACGCCAUGUAUGAAGAUUUGAAGCCUCCAACUUCUCCAUCGCCAACCAAAUCGGUGAUGAAAUGAUAAGAGCUUAAUGUUACAGCUGCUACGGUCACCACCGUUGCCACUGCCGGAGUUUUCAUUUUUCUCUCUCAACAGAACUUCUAUUUUUUCACUCCUUCCAAAGUUACCUAAAGGUGUUUCUUCUUACUCCUUUUGGUAUAUGUAAUACCAUAGUAGUUGCUUCUGAACACUGAACCUUUCUAAGGAGAAGCAACGUCAUUAACAGAAGAAUCUCUUCUGUGAGUACAUAACUGGUGUAAUUUGAGGGCCAAACAGGAUAAUCCAUUUUUCGUGUAAAAGGUCAGGCCACAUUGCACCCUAGCUUGUAUUAUUAAUCAAUCUGAAUUCUAAAAUACCAGCAGCAUCAAGAUUAGCCAAUAGGUGCAAAUAGAGUUCGGACUUCGGACAGUGAAAAAACAUGUAGUCCUAGUUAGGGUGGGCAUCGGUCGAUUCGGUUCGAAACAGGACCAAACUAUCCUCGGAUCGGACCAAAAUUUCUUCUAAAUCAAGGACCAAAGUCGAAUUGUUAUUACUUCGAUUCGGUCUGGAUCAAACCAAAUAUGGCUCGAUUCGGUCUGGACCAUCCCAUUAGACCGACUAUAAUCUUUCAUUCGAAUAAAAUCACUCUUAAAGGACAACACAACAAUUAAAAAAAUGUAACUACAGAAAAAUAAUUAAUCAAAUUAUCAAUUUAAAUACUCCACAAUUCUUAAAACCCACAUGUUAAAAAAUAUUAUGCAAAAAGCUAAACGAGAACUACUUAACUAAAAGACGAAAGUCUUUUUAUUCAAUCUCAAAGUAGUCUAACUAAUUGCCUCUCUAAUCUUCCAUUUUCAUUUUCAGAGUGCACAUUGGAACUCCCAAUCUCCAUAAUUUCCACGGUUCAUUAGAAAGGAGUUUAACAAAAUGAUACUUACUCCAAGAACUAGUGCAAUAAACAAAUGAUUCUUAAACUUGCUAAUUUGCAGUGGUGUUGUCAAACUUGGCAGAAGCAUAUGUGAUGUCAUUUAUUCGCAUCUUCUCCAUCUCUGAAACAUUAAACAAGAAAAGAGAACAUAAUAUAAAUACAUGGUUCACAGUAUGUAGGUAAAGUAAGCAGCUCUCAUGAUCAAAGCAACGGGGAUGAGAACUCUGAUUAGAGGGUAGGACUAUAGUAGCGGGAGCGGUGAGUCAAAGUGAGGAAAAGUCAUUCAUAUUUAUAGGUAAUUAAGUGGCAUGUAGGGUACUAUGGUUUUCAACUCCAAGUCGACUUUCCUUCUCAGAGCUUAAUAAAAUAGGCAAUUAAUUUAAUUACGAUUCGGUUCGGUCCUUAGCUUGAUUUUACGGGUUCGGUCUGGAUCGAACCAAAACCGAAAAUGUCCCAAUUCAGGAACCAAAGUCGAAUCGAAAGAUAAACUGUUCGAUCCGAUUCGGUGUAAGAGUCGAUUCGGUCCGAUUCGGUCUGAUGUGAAUCGAAUCGUUGCCCACCCCUAGUCCUAGCCAUGUCUCAUGCUCGUGACAAGCAAGAAAGUUUGUCCCGAAGUUAUAAUUGUGGAAAACAUGGCUGAGAAAAUUGUAUCAAUCAAACGAGGAGGAAUUUUACAAUGCUAUAUAGUAUUGAUACUAUAAGUUUUUGCUUUUAUGGUACAACUUGAAGUUGUACUUUUAACGUUAUGGUACAACUUUAGAUUGUACCUAUACUUUUUGUACAAAUUCUUUUAUGGUACAACUUGAACUUGUACUUUUAUGUGAUGGUACAACCUAAACUUAUACAUCUAAUGUUAUGGUACAACUUCAAAUUGUACAUUAAAGCACCAAUACUAUAUAACAUAAUAGAAGUGACUUUUGAAAAAUGAUUUUAACAUAAAUAUAGACGGGUUAGACUUCUGAAUUAGCUAAAGCGCUAUAAAGAAACAUGAUUGUAAAUCAUAAAGAGUUAACUUUUAAAUUAGCUAAAGCGCUAUAAAGAAAACAUUAUUAUAUGUUGUUAUGGAAACAUUCAUGAUUUUCUUGCAGCACAACUAAUAUUAUAUAAGAUCAUGAAAUCAUACAAAUACAUAUGAAAUCGUACUAACUGACAUAAUACACUGUAUGUUCUUAAAGAAUCUUAUUUUCCUCUAAUAUUGAAAGGUUGCAGAAUGAUUACUCUCGUAGUCCUCAAAUUUGAGCAAGCAUAUCACUAGUGCAAUCAAAAUCGCGUUUUAAAGCGUAAAAUCGUACGAUUUUACGUUUUUAGAGUAGGAAAACGUUUCAAAUCGCUAAUAAAAUCGUUUUUCACUCAAAAUCGGUCAAAAGCGUUGUAGAAUCGUUAAAAUCGGUGAAAUCAGAUAAAAACGAGUUUUCAAACCGUUUUUAUCUGAUUCCAAGCAAAGGAGAAAACUGUCUCCACCAAACCAAAACGACGUCGUUUAGAGCACUUCAGACAAAAAAAAGGGAAGGGGGUGGAUAUCGGGAUGAGGCUGCCAAACCACUCUUCGGCAAUCCCUAAUCCUCCAUCUUCAACACUCCAGCACCCACCUCCUCGACGGAGCACCCUCACCGUCACCGCGAGGUAGUCCUUCCAGCGAAGAAUCCGCAGCCGCUACAAGUCCGAAACUGUUGCCCGUCGCACUCCUUGUCGCAUGUUGUCACUCGUCGGCACCACAACAAGUUAGUUUCCAUCUCUUCCUUCUCCUAGCCCAUCGCCACUUCACCUAGUACUUCUAGCUCAAUUCGGUCUCUUCCUUGUGUUUGCAGGUUUGCGCAACUUCAAGGUGUGGAUCUCAAUCAAGUGGAGCUUGGGAUCCGAGCAGUAACAGCCGCAUGCAGUCUCUUUCUCUUGUAUUCUUUAUCCAAUUACUAACUGGAUGAAUUGAAAUUGUCCAUUAGAAAUGUCUGGUUAAUUGUUUGAACAAAUCGUACCAUGUACAUUUAUGGGUUUAUCAUAAUAUGAAAAAGGAUGACAACUUUUGAUGAUGGGAUAUUAUAGAAACUCUUAUUGAAGUCGAUUGUUGUAAUGCAAGUUUCAUCCAUUAGAGAUGUUGAUAAACGAGACAACAACAAUUUCUUAAUCUUAAAUUCUUAAUAACUCGAGUUUUGGUAGUUUUUCUUAACUCGUUUGUGGGUUACGAUUUAUGUUUAUGAAGUUAUUGUUAAGAUGUUAUGAGUUUGUUCUAAUUUAGACACGAAUUGCAAGUUUUUAUUCUUUUUUCUAAACUCUCUGCACUUAUAUUUUACAUAGUUUAUGUCGUACUUAACAGAUUUUUAACUAUUAUACGUGAUGCAUAAAAAACUUAAGCUUUUACGCUUUGAUUCACAGCUUUUUGAAUCUACCAUUUUCCACUUUUAAGUAGAAUCGCGCUUUUGAAUGCACUGCAUAUCACUACACUGUAUCACAGAGACAUGUUUUUAAUAAGGAAUGCAAUUACAUUUUAAUUAAGUUGGCCAAUAGCUUCCCAUUGUGUUGAAGAUCAGUUUAAAUAAAUAUGCUCAAUAACCAAGUUUAUAAGUAAGUUCGACCGUGUUUUGACCCUCACAUAGCUAGCAACACACGGUCGCCUCACUCCCAAAUGUGAUGGAGUCUAUUAUGUACGAACCUCACUCCUAGGUAAUAAAAAUGUUAUGUUUGAAUAUGAGCUACCCCUCACCCGUUUAUACCAUGUGGUAUCAUGUUUUGCAUGUGAGGAACCCCUUUCAUAAGUAAGUUUAUUUUUACGAAACCUUUCAUAAGUUGGUGACCGUGAUAAUGUGCUUGUUAAGUUGAUAUCGAGACCUAUGCACGAUCGAGUUAGGGUGUUACGGUGAGAGUUUGAUAAGAAAUAAAAAGCAAACAACAAAAAUAAUAAGCAAAUAAAACACAUACAAUGCAAUAUGCCACUAAAAUGACAAAGAACUACAAGUACAAUACAAUAUGCAAUUUGAAUUUCUUUUAAGUGACAUUUAUGUUGCCAGUAUUCAAUCUUUAUUAUUAAAAAAACAUUUUAGUAAAUUAGUACUCGACUAACUCGAUGCUAUGUUCUAUGAAUUUUAGUAAAAAUAGUAAUUGAUCGAGUUAGUGUGUUACAUUCUCGUUAUUCUUCGAAAGCGUAAAAGAGAAAAGUUAAUGCUAGAGAAAAGAAAAGGGAAAGGGAUAUACAGAUUUUGGGUUUUUCUUAUUUUACAUUUUUCGUGUAAAAGGGUGAGGGAGAGAAUUGACAAAAAAAACAACAAAAAGAAUAAAGUAAUAAAAAAAAACCUUUCCCUUCUGAAUUCACUUUUGAAAUUUAGAAUACUAAUUUAUAGAGUACUGAAAAACUAGGCGAUUUCUAGUUGCUUUGCAACACUCGGUUUCCAUUCAAAGUUUAGGUUCUUUCUCCCAUAUAUGUAUUUCUGUCACUCGUUACUCUUAUGCAUAUUUAUUAUGGAACAUGUAGAGUCUUCCACUGCUAUUAGGGAUAAUUCUAGGUCUCCCAAGUUAAAUGUGCCCAGCUGAUUAUGUCGGUUUUACUUUGUAGAUUUAUUGAUCAUAAUGAUUGACAAUAAACCUUAGUAAGAAAAACAAGGAGUCUUCUUAACAUCAUUCGCCAACUACCUUUACUAUUAACAAACUAAAGAAAAACUCACAUCCAACUGUUGGCACAAAGUUACUCGGAUUGAGUGGUAAACAAAGUUUUUUUUUUAAUUGCUAAUAUUUAUUUUGAAACAAAUAUUGUUUGUUUUCUACAACCCUAAUGGUUCACGUGUACGUGGUGUCAUCUAUUAUCAUCCUUGUACCAUGAGUAUAACAAAAAAGCAGAUGUUAUUACUAGACUGAAGAUGGUCUAUUGAAAAGAUCGGGACAACCAAGAAAAUUUAGAGCAGUUGUCACGGACAAUAUACCAUGGGAAGACCUUGGAUUGGUAGGAAACGCUGACUCAGAUGCCACGACGAAGUCCUUAUAAGAAGACGAUUGAUAUUGCACCAUCUCAUUGGAAAAUUAUGUAAGUAAAAAAAAUUGUAAUUUAUUUCUUUUAUGUAAGUUUUUUUUUUAUUCACAUCUUGGCAAAAUAAGUGUUCCAUGGAUUUGAGGGUUACAAUUUUAGCAUUUUUAGAAAGUAGAGAAGAUAUAUUCUUUAUGUAAGUUUUUUUUAUUCACAUCUUGGCAAAAUAAGUAUUCCAUGGGUUUGAGUGUUACAAUUUUAGCAUUUUUAGAAAGUAGAAAAGAGAUAUUUCUGGCGAAGAAAAGAGGAGGUGGGGGAGGGGGGAGGUUGUGAGAAACGUCUAAAUUUUAAUCUUUUAUAAAUUUAUGAGAAAUUGUGUUUACUUCUAAGACACUCCGCGCCGCCAAACCCAAAUAUGGUUAGUAACCAAGUUUAUAAGUAAGUUCGACCAUGUUUUGACCCUCAUGUAACUAGCAACACAUGGUUGCCUCGCUCCCAAACGUGAUGGAGCCUUUUAUGUACAAACUCCACUCCUAGGUAAUAAAAAUAUUAUGUUUAAGUAUAAGCUACCACUCACCCAUUUAUAGUAUGUGGUAUCGUGUUUCCCAUGUGAGGAACCCCUUUCAUAAGUAAGUUGUUGACUGUGAUAAUGUGCUUGUUAAGUUGAUAUCAACGCCUAUGCACGACCGAGUUAUGGUGUUACUAUGAGAAUUUGAUAAAAAAACAACAAAAAGAAUAAGCAAAUAAAACACAUACAAUGCAAUAUGCCAAAUAAACCUUGGGAAGAAAAACAUGGAGUCUUUCUAACAUCAUUCGCCAACUACUUUUAUGAUUAACAAACUAAAGAAAAACUCGCACCCGACUAUUGACACAAAGUUAGUCAGAUUGAGUGGUAAACAAAGUUUUUUUAAUUGUUAAUAUUCCUUUUGAAAAUAGUGUUGUUUGUUUUCUGCAGCCAUGAUGGUUCACAUGUACGUGGUCUCAUCUAUUGUCAUCCUUGUACCAUGAGUCUAACAAGAAAAGCAUAUGUUAUUA